CGUCGCUGGCCGGAUCGAGCACCGGAUUGCCGGGAAUGGCCGGAUAGGAAAAUGCGUCAUGCCUUAAACCCUAAUUAGGGUUCUUGCCAAUGGAAGAGGAGGGCGCCAAGCGCGAGAGGGACGGCGCUGCGCAGGACGGUAACGAUGCGAAGAAGGCCAAGCUGGAUGACGCAUCGAUCUCGGCGGCGACUCCAGCAGAUGCAGAGAAGCAGAGCGGCGGAGAUGUGGAGAUGAAGGCGGCGGAGGCGGCGCCGCCGAUUGCCGUUGAGGAAAAGGAAGGGAAGGAGGAGAAGAAAGAGGAGGAAGAGAAGGAGGAGGAGAAGGAAGCGAAUGAAGAAGAGAAGAAAGAGGAGGAAGAGAAGAAGGAAGUGAAGCUUGGUCCCAUGACCUUCUCGUCCGGGAAGGAGAUGUUCAUGUACUUCUACGAGCUCCUCCACGGCUGGGCUGCCGACUAUGACAUGAAUGAGUACGAGCAUAUGGUUUUGCUCGACUUGCUCAACAAAGGCCACAACGAUCCCGAGGCGAAGAUGGGCCCGGGAGGAGCCAAGGCCUUCCAGAUCCGCGUCCACCCCGUGUGGCGAUCGCGCUGCUACUACCUCGUCCGGGCCGACGGCACCGCCGUGGACUUCAGCUAUCGCAAGUGCGUCGACAAGCUCAUGCCGCUCCCUCAAGAGAUUUUCAACUCCUCCGGUGGCCUCAAUCUGAAUUCACUCCAUGGAGAUGGCCGAGGUGGCGGCGGCGGCAGAGGAAGAGGCAGGCACGGCGGCGGUGGUGGCGGCCGCGGUCGUGGAUUUCGCGGAAGAGGUCGAGGGCGAGGGAGAUCUCGCGGGUACUGAGCCAAGUUUUGUAGGUUUUCCCAAUUUAAAAGUUUUAGUAUUUCGGUUAUUCCACUUUCUUAAAAGCAUAUUCGUAUUUUAAAAGAAUAUUCUGCC